AUGCUAAAUUUAUGGUUUACUUUAAUAGUCGCAGUUGUGGCUGAUUAUAAUAUAAAGACGCUUGAUGUCGACGGCGCCGGUGAAAUUUACUCACACGGGUACCCAAAUCAGGAUACGACUUAUGGAGGCGUCAAUAACUACUACGACUGGAUGAUCGCCUCGAAAAACUGGAAGAAGCUUCGCCUUUUCUUUGACCGUUAUGAUACCCUGGAGCAAGAUACCUUACAAUUUUGCACGGCCGAACAGUAUUGGAGUUGCAUUGACCGUACAACAGCCUGCCCUGGGUGUUCAAAACACGUUGAGCCAUUUUGGUACCCCGAGUUCGGGCCGCUUUUCGCGUAUUAUCGACCGUAUAUUCCGGAUAAUGGUACGAUGGUAACGAGGAAUGGUUUCCACGCGGUGCUAAUGGAAGUUGAUUCAAAUAUGGAGAGCUAUUUCACAUGCGGAUCUUCCUAUAAUUUGGCUGCUACAGGCAAACAGUUCUUUGUUUCACAAGCCUACCCAAUGACAACCACAUUACUGCGCAGAUGUCUAACGGAUAUUGUGGCUUCCCAGGGUAUACGCCUACGCUUCACUUCCUAUUCUGUACUACCCAAUGACUAUUUUUUCAUCUACGGAAAUGGGCCGGAUGGAGCAAAGCAAAACAUUUCGAUCAGCAGUUUGGAAGUAGGUACGGUUCUGACUCUAUAUUUCGACCAAAAAGCUACAAUCGACUUCAAAUUUUCACAAGGAACACACGAAGAGCCAAACUAUUUUGCGUUUCAUGCGGAGUCUUACAAUUAUACAAAACCUUCAUGUCCCAUUGGUGGCGGCACAUUUGUCGAUCAACAAUUCGAUAUUUAUUCACCAAAUUUUUACAUGGAUGAAAUUCAAAACUACCCGAAUAAUCUCGCUUGCACAUGGAAUCUCAGUGGUGUCACCGGCAAUUCACAAAUCUAUCUUGAAAAUACACUUGUGAACUUGGAGCCAGACGCCGAUUUCUUUUCGUCACCGGAAUUUAUGUUCAAGUUCUCAAGUUUGGAGGAUAUUGAACAGAAAUACAUGGCACUGCCAAUUGGGCAGAACAACGCGACGUUCCUAUUGACUUCUGAUGCCCUCGAGACGAGCCUGGGGCUUAUCGCUUCAGCUCGGAUUUUGGAUUGUACUUGUACGGGUGGUAAUUAUUCUUUCCAAGACCAAAGCACCUAUCGUUUCCAAAUGCCGAUCGACGUUAGUGGACGGGAUCGAUAUCCCACUUAUUGCCAGGGGUUAGAUUGCGAUUGGACGUUCCAAAAUGAUCCAACCAACAAUGUAACCCUGCAAUUCACCGAUUUUGAUUGUGCAUAUGGAGAAUUCCCUACAAUCUAUGUCAAUCACGACUUUUAUACGGUCGUCUACGAUAACAACAAGACGUAUACAAUCAGUAAUGCUCAAAUAAUAGAGCUUGAGUGGAGCUCCUCCUUUGGGGAAAUUUCGCCUGAGAAUCCCUACCCGAAGGGAUUUAAAUUUGUGAUUUAUACAGGGGUCACUCCGACACCAGAAACCACUACAACCACCACACCUACCACGGCUACCCAAACUACGCCCGGUCAAACCGUUGCAACCGGAUCAGCGGCAACUGUUACUGUUUCUCAAGGGCCAGCAACUACUAGCCAAGCUAAAAACGACAAUGCGAAUAAAGCUACUAAUAACUGCCGAUUCGUCUGCGAAAUGAUAAUCAGACCCCCAGCCCUCCGUCGCUCGCCAGCAAUUUGGAUUGCCGCACAUUUACUUUUAGGCUGCAUCGUUGGGUAUUUUAUCGGGUCUGCAUUUAACGGGUAUGAAGAAGAUGUCGAGUCGCAUCACCAACCCUUUUCAGACCCAUCAAACGCGACGCUGCGUUGUAUUAUUUUGCUAGAUUAUACGACACCAAAGAAGAAUCUAUUUAUUGAAGCGAUUUUGGACACAUGGGGUUCUGAAUGCAACGAAACUAUUUUCUAUUCAUCAGACCCAGCCGAACUUCAGGGACAAGUCCCGAAAGCAACCAUCAAAGGGCUAUACUCCGGAUUUGGUGCUUAUCUAUGGAGCCACUAUUUGGGCGUCUUAGAAAAUCUGGACUUGAACCCAUAUGAUUGGACUUUGGUCGCUGAUGAGCGCUUAUUCACCGUUAUCCCAAAUCUGCGGAAGAUUAUCGGGCAAAUGGACCCCGCGAAUCCAAUUAUGAUUGGAAAGAUGACCCGCAGCAUGGCAUUUCUACCUUUUCCAUCAUUUUUUGCAAAGCGUAUCGCCACCUCGGCUGGGAUUGUCUUCAGCGCAAGGGGGCUUCGUUCGAUGAAGCAUUGUAAAAAUUUCUGGUUACCCCGAGCGACUGAAAAAGCGCUCGCUGAAUGUGCUCGGGCUUAUGGAUUGACUGUGAUUGAUCCAGUAGAUCAGGAUGGGAUGCACAUGUUCAAUGAACGAAAUAUUUUGGAUAUGAUCCAGAGUCUUGACGGCUCAAUGGUGAAAGAUCAGGAUCAUGCCAAAUCAUCCAAACGGGAAUGCUGUUCGGAUCAUGCAAUCACUUUUGGCCAAAUGUCAUUUAAGGAAGUGAGAAUGGCCCAUUUUGCCUCAUCGAGAAUGCGUGUAUUU